GGUCAAUUUCUUAAUAUAUCUAUUGGCAACGGAUAGAAUCGGGCAUAAAAGCGGAGACGUUUUUUUAUAUUCUCUUGUAUAUUCACCAGAGACAUCGUUGAAAUUUCGCAUAGAUAUGGAGAAAGUCAAAUAUGUGAAGAACUAUACUGAAAAAGAAGCGGAAGAAUAUCUAAAGUUUAUGGAUAGUACAAGUGAGAACAGUAAAGCAAAACAUGAAUGCAAAGCAGUAACCCAGGAGCAAAAGGAGCUUUAUAAUCAAAAUUUGGCCAAGUCCUAUCGAAAGUGUGAUUUUACUUACGAGCCAAAAUCCAAUUUAUCCAUUUUGUCAAUGAAAAAUACAAUAUUGUCGAUGAUUGAGGCGAAUUCUGUGACUGUAAUUCAAGGACCAACUGGCUGCGGAAAAACUACUCAGAUUCCUCAGCUUCUUCUGGAUGCCAAUAUUAAAAAGAGACUUCACUGCAACAUUAUAGUGACACAACCCCGACGAAUCGCUGCGAUAAGCAUCGCAAAACGGGUAAGCCAAGAAGGCAGGUGGCCGCUCGGCAGUGUCGUAGGCUACCGAGUUGGUAUGAAGCAGGAGACCUCCUCUGAUACCCGUCUGACUUACUGCACCACCGAAAUCUUACUGCAGCAAUUAAUAAAAAAGAAACACAUGCUCGAUUAUACACACGUGAUAUUGGACGAGAUUCACGAGCGCGAUCAAGAAAUGGAUUUUCUCCUGUUGAUCGUGAAAAAAUUGCUGCAAACAAAUUCCAGCUUGGUGAAGGUGAUCCUCAUGUCAGCGACAAUCGACGUGAAAAAGUUUGCCGAAUAUUUUUCGACGCGAGUGGGAAACAAGUUGGUGCCGGCGCCUGUUAUAGAAAUUCUCGAGAAGGGAUGUUUCGAAACUCAUACGUAUUAUUUGGACGAAUUAAAGGAUCUAGGCGCAAUACCGGAAGUGCUUCCGGCCGAGCCGAAAGUCACUAAAUCCAUGAUCAAGUUUUGCGCGAAAAUGAUUAUCGCCUUCGAUCAAAUCGAUCAGAUCAAUCACGACGGAAAAGGAAAAGGAGGGGAAGCCAGACACACGGUUCUCGUUUUCUUACCAGGAAUCUACGAGAUCGAAGAGCUAUACGCAUUUCUAUCGUCCAAGUGUCACGAGGAUAGAUCGUGGGACUUGGUGAUGUUGCACUCAAUGAUCUCCAGUGACGAGCAACAACGUGUCUUUUACAAAGCCCCGGCGCGUCAUCGUCGGAUCAUACUGUCGACGAAUAUCGCUGAAAGCAGUAUCACGGUGCCGGACGUCAAGUACGUGAUCGACUUUUGCCUCGUCAAAGUGAUCGCCGUUGAUCCCAUCUCCAAUUAUCAGUCCUUGCGACUCGAUUGGGCAAGCAAGGCGAGUUGCGUGCAACGGGGGGGUCGUGCCGGCCGCGUGAUGGACGGUAGGGUGUACAGAUUGGUGCCGAGAACGUUUUAUCGCAUCGUACUGGACGACGAAGGCACGCCGGCGAUGUUGCGCGCCCCACUGGCCAAUGUUGUCCUGCGCGCCAAGAUCUUCGACGACGGAGAUCCUCGCUCCCUCCUCGCCCUCUCGUUGGACCCGCCUGGCCUUCAGAACCUGCGCGGCACGAUUCUACAGCUGAAAGAGAGCGGCGCUAUGAUGAACGACCACCAACCGUUCGACGGUCAGCUGACCGACAUGGGGAGGAUAAUGGCGCUCCUGCCGCUCGACAUACAGAUCACGAAAUUAAUUAUGCUCGGCCACAUAUUCGGAAUUUUACGAGACGGCGUCGUGCUGGGCGCCAGCAUGGCACUCAAGGACACGUUCGUCCAAGGUGAGUGUCGCGGCAGCAGCGUCUCGCAUUACUCGACGAAGAAGAGAUGGGCUCGCGAGAGCGACAGCGAUUGCAUCGCUUCGCUAAACGUGUACAAAAUGUGGCAGAAUGAAAAGGCGAAUCGCCGAUUCACUUCGUACGACACGGAGAAGCAGUGGGCUCGGAGGAACGGGGUCCAACUGCGGACCCUGCGCGAGCUGGACGUUCUCGUCAAUGAGAUCACGCGCAGACUGACGAGGUUGGGCGUGAAAGAGACGGUCGGCGUGCGUAAGGUGAUCUGGGAGGGCCGUGAACGUGAUUUCAUCCUGCAAGUGAUUCUAGCUGGCGCCUUCUAUCCCAACUACUUUGUCAAACGGUCGCUCAACGUCGAAACCCGGGAGGAUAACGUCGGUAGAAAUCUAAACGCCUUGGAUCCACUCAAGACCGUUUGUAUGCGAGGCUGGCCGAUGAAGCAACCGGGCUAUUUGUACGCGAAAAGAUUGCAGGAGAUUUUCUCCCAGCACCACGGUGUCCCGGCAGAGCGGAUCACGAUCUCGUUUGACGGCUCUUCGCGAGUUUACGUACAGUAUCGCGAGAAAUGGACGACCGAUGAGAGUCUUUGCAGAAUAUCGGAUUUUGUUUACACGUCUGUUAAAAUGCGACAUUGCGAGAUACCGAUUAAGAUCGGGCUGUUGAACGCAACGGAGGCAGAAAAGAGGAGCAAGGAUCAGGGCUUGGACAGAUUUCAGAGGACUGUUUUCUUCAAUAAGGAGAGGCAAAUCAGGCGGUCCGAUUGUAUCAGGCCGAAACUGCCCGGUCUCGACGUUACUUUCGUACCUUUGUCUAUGCAAAAUAUCAUUAGUCCGGGGUACUUUUGGGCCACCCUGGAUGACGAAGACACUCGCAAGAGUAUGCGCUGGAUCGAGUCCGCUCUGAACACGCGUCCCCUGCGAGAAUUCCGCUUUCCGCCGACGGGCAGAAAGACUGUCGUCGCCGCUCCGAUGGAAAGAAACGAUUCCCCGGCAACGUAUCACCGCGCAACGGUCGAGAAGUACAGCGCGGAAAUCGCGGACGUCUUCUUAAUCGAUCAUGGUCGCAUCUCUCGAGUACGAACCGGCGAUUUACGAGUGAUCGAUGACGUCGAGAUUACAAAGCUGCCUUCUCUGGCGUUUCGAUGCGCCCUGGCCUCCGUUCGUCCUUCCCCGAACGGCAAUUCCCAAGGGCAAUGGUCGAGGGUCUCGCGGGAUUGCUUCGAGUCUCAAAUUCACCGAAGCAAGGAGAUCUUUGGGCAAAUCUAUUCGGUUGCGGAUAGCAUCGUUAAUCUGGAAUUGAUCGUUAUCGACAAGAAGGGCGAGAAAUUAAAUAUGAAUGCGUAUUUAAUCGAGGAGGGGCACGCUACAAGCAGGAAGGAAAGCUUCUUGUCCAAGUAUAAUCACGAUCUGCGGACGGAGCUCGAUAUCGUAGGCGCAAUGUUGCCAGAGGAGAGGUCGUUUUACGAGGAACGGCAAUACGACGAGGACAAUUUGUCUGAGUAUCCCUGUUCACCGAAAGAGGAAGAUUGCGAUUCGUGGGUACAGCUUCAUGGUCCUUACUCGCCCCUCGAAAUCGACAUGGCCCAGCUCACAGCAGCCGGCAGAUACAAGAGGGUAUACGUCGAUAAUACGUCCGUCAACUCCGUUCUCCUCGACGAGAAUCCCGACCGAUCGACGCGUCUGCUCGUCGCGCAGAGCAUCAAUCGGCUGAGCGAGAGCGAUUACUUGUCCCUGCGGAACACCACUUUAUUGCCGAACAUGCCGGGGCUCGCGGCGCUGCUCGUGCUGAUUUUCGCACCGCGCGUCGAGCUGAGGUGCAGCCCCUUGGCCACUCGUUACACCGAGGCACUCUGCGGCUUGGGCCCGAUCGACAGUUGCACCGGCAGAGGUGUGUUUCCAGAUCACGAUAUGAAGAUUUCGUUCGACGUGGAAAUCUCGAGCGACGAUCUACGGGAGAUUAAUAAAUUGCGUCAUUGGAUGAAUGUCGGCAUGCAGUUACCACGUAAUAGUUACGAUUCCGACGACGACGAUGACGAUGGUAGCGAGCAAAUGAUGAAUUGCCAGAAUCAUGUGAAGCGCGCUUUGCUGGAACUGCGAGAUCGACGCAGACGGCCGCAGGAUCCUCUCGAGGUCGUCGACUCCGACCAGUGGAAUCGUUACGACGAGUCCUUCUUUCUGCACGCUGCUCGCGAAGAGGGCGAGAUGUAUCCCCUGCAUAAAGCGUUGAAACUGCGAGAGAAGGACGAUCAACUGGAAGAGAUGGUGAAGCAUCUCGCGGAGUUGUACCGUUUGUCCAACGCAGAUACGCGCAAGGUGAGCAACAGUAGUCUUGCUUGCUGCAAGUUAUGCAAGAUGGAGAUGUUCGGCCCGUUGAAUCUGCGCUGUCAUCUUUAUUCGCAGCAGCAUAUAAAGAAUGAGGAGAGCUUGCAGAUACCAAAGAGAAUACUGAGGGAAUACUGCUACCAUUAUUAUUAAAUGAUUAUUACGUUAACAGAAUUAUGAGUAUUAUAAAAUACGUUAUUUUUUAUUUCUUAUUAUACUGCUUUUACUGUCAGUGAAAAACCGUAUCUCAAUCGAUCAAAAUAAUUCCUGCGCAAUAUUUGACGAAAUGAUGGUGCGUUUAUUUACUUACAAUAAUAUUAUUAUGUUCCCGUUAUUUGAGCACUUUCAACUGCGAAAAUUAUUUUUCAGUCAAUCUCUUUAUAGAUGUACAAAUGAUUUUUACUUUUAUACUAUGAGUCUCGUGAAAGAAAGGCAAUAAAUCGUACAAACAGUCGCUACUACAUUACUAGUUGACCGCUCAGAUGCUGGCAAACUCCC